GCUGUGAAGUGUUGGCACAAGCAGAAGAGCCGUCGCAUACGUAUGAAAUCAGUGCAGAAGUGUGGCAAUAUUGUACAGUAGCGCGACUUCAUAGGCAGCACUGUACAUCACUGCUUGGUACUAGGAUCUUUUCUCGUUGCGGAGUAAGGCAUCCCAGGCAGCAAAUGUUUCCGGUCAGACAACACUGGCUUUGCAAAGCCUUAGGUUGUUAUGAUUGCUGUAUCCGCUGCAUUGGGGCAGUGCCCUACCCAUCCCUGGUGGCCACCUUGCUGUGCUAUGCCGGCACGGCCUUGUUUUGUGGCUGUGGGCACGAGGCGCUGGCCCAGACGGAGGUGCUUGUCGAGACUUACUUUGCCCGCGACCCUCAGGACUAUGAGGUCAUGGCAGCAUUUAUCAAAUACUUCCAGUUCGUGAUCUAUGGUCUGGCAUCAUUUUUCUUCCUCUAUGGUCUCCUGCUGCUGGCUGAGGGUUUCUACACCACAAGUGCGGUCAAGCAAACCUUUGGGGAGUUCAGGAGCACCCAUUGUGGCCGCUGCCUCAGCCUGACGAUUAUUAUAGUCACAUACAUCUUGGCCUUCAUCUGGCUGGCAGUGUUUGCCUUCAGCAUUAUUCCGGUCUUCUUUCUGUUCAACAUGGAGCACACCUGUCACAGCAUCAACAUCCUGGCUGAAACCACCCCCAGCAUUAAUCAACACAGCUGGAUCUGCAUGGACCCUAGGCAGUACGGUCUGCUUUCUUGGGAUGCGGUGCCAGGCAAGUCCUGUGGAAUGACAUUGGCAUCUAUUUGCAAAACCAGCGAAUUUCAUACCACCUAUGACUUGUACAUAGCCACAUUUGCAGGGGCCGGAGUCACUCUUUUGGCGCUGUUUCUGUAUCUGGUCCCCAGCACCUACAACUAUGCAGUCUUGCGGUUUCUAGGCAGAAAAGGAAUUCGCUAAGUGCUACACAUCUGGCUAUGAGAUUCUCGUGCAACUCUAGAUUUUCGUUCUUUCUUCUUGAAACAGAAACUUUCAAGCCUGGAUCGUCAGCCAUCCUUUUUCUUUAUUCAGAUAACAAACCGUUCUCUUCAGCUUUAUGCAUGAACAACAGACAAAGAGAUGAAGAUAAUUCAUCCACAGUAAUGAGCCCCAACCUGUUCCACAAGUCCUCCUCUCAGAUGAUUCUCUUAGCUUUGUUGUUCAUUUUCUCUCUUUUGAUUCACUCUGUGAGGCUUUGCUGGAGCUGAUUGUGAUAUAUGAGGUUUCAUGAAUAAUUAAGAGCGACGACAGCUUUGCUUUGCAAGUCAUAACUGUGUGCUCCCUGUUCAGUGUUUACUGGUGCAGAUAUUGGUUUUGAAUAUGAUUUUUGCUGCUGCCUUAUUAUCCCCAGCUCGCCCAUGAGCAUCAUGAGUCUAAAGCAAGUGAAGCUGAAUGUACCAAAGUUUCUCUUGGAGCUUCUCACUUCCGAAUAAAUCUGCUGUGCAUUUUUUUCUCCUUCUGUAAGGAGGAAUUGUCUUCAUGACUACCUAAAAUAAGCAACAGUGAGGUCAAUAUUUAAAUAACUGCUCUGCAGCUGACCAGUGUUGUGUGUGCUUAUUUGUAAUUAAGGCUAAUUAAAUGCUUUGAUCUAAGGGAUUUGAUUGUGAUUUUUUUAAUCAUAUGUCGCAUUAAAAUAAUUUAUUCUGA